GUCUUCGCUAGUUGGUCAUGGUGCUUGCCGCAGUAGGACUGGACUGUCUCUUUCCCUUUAUUUUCGUCUGCUAACAAGAUUUGCGUCGACUGUACCAGAUCUCGUCCCAGACAGACAUUCCUUUAUUUUGUACUCGGUGCAUCGAAAAACAGUUGGCAUCAUCCAAGAAGCCGACAAUCGAGAUUGUCUGGAAGCAGAGAGCAGAAGGUCUCAGCAGAUACAGUUCCAUGGACGUCUCCAAAGCGGCACAUGGGCAUCGACAAGACCAGCACCGCCGCCGAGCCCUCCUGACGUUGCGUACAAUCCGCUCUCUGUUCCAACGCGUCCACCAAAGUGUCCGCUCACGUCUACAUUUCCAUCGCUCGCCACAAAACCACACCACAGACAACACCGCCAUUGUCAUCCCACCUGUCUCCGAAUCUCCUGGAAUCAAUCCCCCCAGCACCCCAGUACAAAGUCCAUUUGCUAUCGACACUUUGAUCAUGUCGUCUGUCCAUAUCACAAGACGUGCGACGCGUCAACUACGCAGACGUGAAGAGAGCCCGCUCCAACACGCACUUCGUAGAUCUCGUCGUGUUGCUGGAGAGCGACCAGAAACCGGUCCCUACCAACCUCCCCCUCGUCGUCCGCCCCGCCAGGAGCCAGCAUACCAGGAACUUGCUCAUCCUCGCUCGCCAACUCAUCCUUCUCCACCGUCUUCGGAUUUCACUUUUUCGCGACCCGAUCCACCUGUGCCCGACCCUGGUUUCUCUCCCAACACCACGCUUCACAAUCUGCGUCAGCAUCUUAACACCCGUUACCCUCUGGUUGACAACAUGUCUUACCUCCGUACACGUCGAGACUCGGCCUCUGACACGCGCCCACAGAGCCCACCAGCUCCCAUCAAGAGUGAAGAAGAUGCCACUCUGCCAGAGGAGAAAGAGCUUGAGAGAGUUUGUGAUAUUUGCUGUGAGGCUGCCGAUGCGGUACUCCAGCCAUGCCGCACAUGUCCUACCUCGUACUGCGGAGACUGUAUCAGGUCCAUGUUCCUUGCUGCCACUCAUGAUUCAACCUCGAUGCCGCCGAGGUGCUGUAAUAUCCUUCAAACCACAGUCGCUCUUGACUUCCUCACCACUACUGAAGCCGAUGAUUACCGCCUCAAGUUUGAGGAAUGGGUCUCGAUUAACAAGACGUAUUGCCCUGUUCCACAAUGCUCCAGAUUCAUCCCGGAUCGUGCUGUUCUGUCACCACCUUCAGCAGAUCCUAUCAAUCUUUGGGGCCUUUUGAAGCGAGAACUUCCUCGCAUCAUGGCAUCCCUCAAGGCUACCGAUUGCGCUAAAUUCUUCCGAGGACCAUCGGACCCUGCCGCUCAUGGACAUGAUUGGAAGCCUUCCAAGAGGCCCAUGGUUUGGCUCAACGACAUCUCUGCAAGGUUAUCACGAUACGCCGACCUCAAUGACUUCAUGUCCGACUUCAAUCGCCUAAUCUUGAACGCACGCUCCUUGCCACCAAAUCAUCCCAUCGCCGUGAGUGGCGAAGAACUACGAAAGCGCAUGUGGCAGGAGGUCAGUAACAUCAAAGCUCGACCCAAUAGCAACUUCUCGACUCUACCUGCUGGUGCUUGCUUUUCUUGUCCUGGCUGCCACAUCGGUAUAUGCGCCAGCUGCAAGCAAGUUGCUCAUUUUGGUACACCAUGUGAUACUAGUGCCCAGGACCACGAGGUAGCAAUGCUCGCAACAUACGGUUACAAAAAGUGCCCACGAUGUGGGCAUGGAGUGAAAAGAAUGUAUGGUUGUCGCCACAUGCAAUGCCGCUGUGGUGCUCACUGGUGUUGGGGUUGUCUGCUCCCUAUAGAGGAUUGUGAUGGAGGUUGCGCGCCUCCUAGCCCUGACAGUGAGGACGGGUAUUUCAGUGAUGAAGACGAAGACGAAGAGCCUGACACUCCGACUGAAGUCAUGCCACAGGCGGGUCCAAACGGUGAUACGAACGCUGGGGCCCCUACGCCCGCAGCUCCCGCUCCAGCAACCACCUUCCCUCCGGCAAUCCUUACAUCCAAUGUCUCCACAGAUGCAGCUCCAUCCACUUCCUUCGCUGAGCGUCCAGUCAAUCUUGACGGUGGUGGCCAUCGUGUUUGGGAGGCUACCGGCGCUGAUUUUGGCGGAGAGCCUGAUGAUAGUUAUCACGAUCCCAUCUGGUCGUGCGAGCAUGUUUUCUAUCCCACUCAACUGCCCGAACCGGCAUUCUAUAGAGGUGUGCCACUUGGUACCGAGUGCUUUCGCUGUUUCUCCAGGACUUAUGCGACCAUUCAGAGAAGAUAUCCUGGUACUCCUCCUCCACUUGAGAGCCUUGAAGACAGAUACAAGCAUACCCCAGAAGCAGACGUGGCAUGGCAGUGUGCGAACUGCGAAAUGUCGCUCUGUGGAGUCUGCAAGAAUGACAUGAGAUGGGAGAGAGGUUUGUGAUUUGAUUCAGC